GGUUUUUCUUUGGAGGCAUCGUAAUGGCGGAGUUAGCCAAUCUAUACUUCAGUGUUGGUGAUUUGCGUGAAAUGAUGAAGGGCCUUUUCCUGACAUUGACAAAUCUGGUAUCGAUCAUAAAAUUUUACACGAUCUGGAAAAAUCAGAAUUCACUGCUCAACUUGACCGCAAAAAUCAAUAGAAAAGAAUUUCAGCCAAAGUCCGAGAAACAAAAAAAGUUUCUCAGGAAAUACGUUAAGCUUUCUAAAAUGAUGUCCAUUGGGUUGUAUGCGGGGUGUACAAUGACCUGCAGCUUUUGGGGUGUGUAUCCCUACACCGAUGAAAAUGGGCCGUUUUUACCAAUUGCUGCGUACAUUCCCAUCAACACUACAGAUUCCACGACGUUUGGAUUUGUCUAUGCAUACGAAAUUAUUGCCACGUUAAUUGGAGGAUACACUGAUCUAAGCUCUGACUGUUUAAUCGCAAGUUUAAUAAUGGUUGUAUGCGGACAGCUAAAUAUUCUAAACGACUCAUUAGUAAAUAUUACCAAAAUGGCUAAUCAAGAAUUAAAGGAAAUAGGAUGCUAUAAUACUCGACAUAUGCAAAAAAAGCAACAAAUUAUAAACCAAAAGCUUAAGGAAUGUGUCAAGCAUCAUAAAGCUAUUUUGGAAUUUGCUGAAGAAAUAACAUCCCUAUUCGCAACCAGCCUAUUUUUUCAAUUUCUUGUUAGCGUAUUUGUCUUCUGCGCUACGUUCUUUGAGAUGACUAUGGUACGAGUUACGAGCGUACGAUUUUUUUCGAUGGCACUUUACCAGUACUGCAUGCUUCUGGAAAUAUUCCCUUCUUGUUAUUUUGGUAACGAAGUUAUUUUAGAGAGCAGAAAAUUGACGAGUUCCGCAUAUCACAGUGAUUGGUUAAACUACAACGUUAAAGUUAGGAAGAAUUUAAUAUUUUUUAUGACGAGGACGCAAAAGAUUACAAAAAUAACCGCUGGAGGAUUUUUCACGCUAUCCUUGGAUACUUUUAUAAAAAUUCUUAAAUCAUCUUGGUCAUACGUAGCCGUAUUGAUUCAAGUCCAGAAUAAACAGAACAAGUAAUUGCUAGUCCGAAUUGUAUUGGGGGAUCAAGUAGUUAUAUUUAAUUGCAAGCA